CUCCGCGCACGGAGCGCACAGCGGCGCCCCACCACCGCCUUUGCGUCAGGCGCGCUCACACCGUCAGCAGCACAACACAACAUCAGCCCUCGCAGCAUCCGCAUCUCACAGCCAACAGGAGCAGGAGCACAUCUUCAUCCGAGCAUCCAUUCCACAACUGCACACCGUCGUCUGCGCACGGCCGACGCCUGGCAGGCGCGUCUUCAUCCUCCCCCUCUUCAAAAUCUAUUUUUAUUAUCGUCGCGAGGUGGAUUGUAAAUAUUUUUUGGCUUAUCUGCGUUUUGCUCGAGAUGGUUUGCGGUUUUGAUCGCGCGUUUUGAGGAAGAAAAAUCUCGAGACGAGGGGAGUCACCUUUCCAUUUCCUCUCUGAGCUGGAGAUCUGCAGCAUCCUUGGAGUGGAGGCCAAACAGCAGCAACAGCAUCGAUUCAUUCCCCCUGAGAACUCUCAACAGUCCGUUCUAUGUCCACCCACACCCGUCAGCCCGGGAUUCUGAGACUCUGAGACCCUCAGGAUCUCCUCCUCGACAGAAACCGUUGUGACCUGGUGCUGCUGAAGCUCCCGGCCGCCUCCCCCCUGCAGUCACCAUGGGAACCGUCCUGUCUUUGUCCCCCAGUUACCGGAAGGCGGCCCUGUUUGAAGAUGGACCCGCCACCGUGGGCCACUACACGGCCGUCCAGAACAGCAAGAACGCCAAAGACAAGAACCUGAAGCGCCACUCGCUCAUCAACGUCCUCCCCUGGAAGCGGAUUGUAGCUGUGUCGGCCAAGAAGAAAAGCUCCAAGAAAGUGCAGCCCAAUGGCACCUACCAGAACAACGUCACCCACUUGAACAAUGAAAACCUGAAGAAGUCGCAGUCUUGUGCCAACCUGUCCACCUUCACCCAGGAUCAGAGCACCCCAGCUCUCACCAAGAGCUCCAACAACACAACAUCUUCAGUCAAGAAGGCCCCUCUGACCAACUCCAACGCCGCCCCCGGGACCCCAAAGAGAGUGAUCGUCCAGGCCUCCACCAGCGAGCUGCUCCGCUGCCUCGGGGAGUUUCUGUGCCGACGCUGCUACAGGUUGAAACACCUGUCCCCCACCGACCCGGUGCUGUGGCUGCGCAGCGUGGACCGCUCCCUGCUGCUGCAGGGCUGGCAGGACCAGGGCUUCAUCACCCCCGCCAACGUGGUCUUCGUCUACAUGCUCUGCCGCGACGUGGUCUCCUCCGAGGUGGCCACGGAGCACGAGCUGCAGGCCGUGCUGCUCACCUGCCUUUACCUGUCCUACUCCUACAUGGGCAACGAGAUCUCCUACCCGCUCAAGCCCUUCCUGGUGGAGAGCUCCAAGGAGACCUUCUGGGACCGCUGCCUGUCCAUCAUCAACCUGAUGAGCGCCAAGAUGCUCCAGAUCAACUCAGACCCUCACUACUUCACUCAGGUGUUUGCCGACCUGAAGAACGAGAGCCAGAAGGAGGAGGAGAGGAGCCGCCUCCUCAUCGGCCUGGACCGGUGAGGGGGUGCUGGGGGAGGGGAGGGGUGGGGGGUGAGGGGGUCAUUCUCUCCAGUCUGGCAUUUUUGACCCCUUCGGAGGAUUAUUUAUGACAUUAUUUAUUAUUUAUUUAUUUAUUUAUGACCAAAUUGCGUAGAGGUAAAUCCACUUAUAGAAAAAAAGUGUUUAACAUUUGUAGCUACUUUGUAUCAAACAGGAAAAAUCUGCAGCUUUCCGAUAAACGGCGAGAAGCUUGUGAGGUAGAAUGAGGUGGUUUUACUCCUGUGAUUGUCAGGAUCACAUAUCUGUAAGGGGGAAAAAGGGAAAAAAAAGAGUCAAUCUUUUGCAAAAAUUGAGAAAUGUCACUCCAAGACAAAGUGAUGAGGAGGAUUUUUUUAAUUUCAAAAUUGGAGCGAAUGUGGACAUUUCUGAGCCCCACCAGAGACCGAACGACUGUCCGACUAUGGGAUGUGCACUGCCUGCUGCAGGAAGGGGACGUUCUCAUGUCCCGACUGGCUUCGUUCAGUUUUGCAGCGAUAUCUGACUGACCACCUGCAGGACUUCACAGCAUCAGCGCUGGAUCAAAACUUCGGACCACGACGGACUGUGAGAACCGCUUUGUGGGACUCAAACACAGCAGACAUACAGUGUGUUUCUUCAGACAGGACUACAUUAUUUCCAUCUAGGAGAGGGAAAAAAGUGGAUGUUUUACUCCUUACACAACUUGAGGCUUAUUUAUUGCUUUUUUUGGAACAAGUUUCUGUUUUUUUAACUUAGAAAUGUAACGUUUUGCACGUGUGCCAUGCAACUUUACAGCCUCCUGGAGGGAAGGAGCUUCUAUUAGGUUUCUACUUGAUUUGUAAUGGAAACGCAUCUGCAUUAGAGAAUGCUGUAAACAAAGUCACAUUAGUUUAUUUAGCUCUGCUUGCCAAAAAAUAGUUUACCAGGGAAGUUCUUUUUUUCUUUUUCUUUUCUUUUUGUAUUUUUUGUCGAUGCGUUGUGUUGCAAACACUUUUAAAACAAUGUUGGAUUUUGUGCUCAUUAUUCAGCAGUGAAAAUGUCAUCAUAGUGCCAUAUCCGCAAUGGAAAUCUCUCUAACAGGUGGAUUUCCAGCACUUAUAUACUCCUAAUUUGUGUUUUUUUAAGCUCACCAGUGUAACUGAAGAUCAUCCUGGGAGACUAUAAGAGAAGAAAGAUAGCAGGUGUGCAUAUCUAUGGUGGGAAUGAAGAUUGAUCUGGUUUGUGCAAAUGAAUGUUGCAGGGUUUUUGGAAAGCCUGUGAAUGAAAACCACCGAUGGAUCUGACCAUCACCAAUGGGAAAUUCUUGUCCACACUCUGCUAGACGGAGAUAUAUAAAAAAAUAGCUUUCAAAACAGUUUUAGUUUAGAAUUGCAGUUCUGUUUGUAAUUCCUAAACCUGCAGUGAAAAGCACAGUGAGCAUCAAAUCUGUGUACACUUUCAGGCACGGGAGGUCCUCCACUUGGACAAAUCUUGUUUUCAAUCAGAUUCACCGCUGGGCUGAAAAUGACAAACGCCGGAGUGUUGAGGGAACACCCCGACGACCACAGAGAAGGCGUGCAAAAAUGCACAUUUCUAUCUCCACUGCAGAUCUUACUAUCUCCGUAUUUUGAUAUCUACCAGAAAACAUGGCGUUCCCUUGUUGGUUGCUAGGGGACAAAUAUACACAGACAGAACUGCUAAUGUGACAGAAAAAUCAUUUUUUUCCCUUCAUCCUACAUCAUUUCCGAGGUGCCAUUUUUCUUCACUUGCUUCACUGACUAGUUGUUUAUAAGCUUAUAAAAUAAUUACAGAAAUGUCUCCAGUGAUAGUUAAAGAUUUCUGUCAAACUCUUUUCUGUAUCUUGUUGUAGAUAAUUAAAAAAAAGACAUAAAAGUGAUUAAAAAAAGAGGGCGCAUCGGUGGGCUGCAUGUGUGUGCAGAUGACUGGGUGAAAGCGUGUGAAUGGACAGCCGUGUUGUAUCUGUACAGACGUACAAACGUGUCGUUUUCUUUAGGGUCAGCCACAGCUCUGGUUCUGGAGGUGAGGAGGGGGGCGCUGGAUUAACUUCUCUUUUUGAUGAAAAAAAGCCCCAUGCUGUGAUGGAAACGUUUUCUUUUUGAGUUUAUUUCUGCUUAUUUUAAUUUAUUUUUGUACUGUGAUGGAAAAAUAAAAUGCACUCAUCGUUCUGGGA